GGCGAGGGUUGUCUCGCCAGGGUGGUCGACAUGGGGAGGGCACAGCGCCGUCAGCAUGAGCCUGCCGCGGACCAUGUGCAGGACACAUUCAGGGUCCACUCCCCCGAUAAAUCGGUACCUGGUUGUCAGCCAGAAGGUCGACAACAAGGGGGUUAUGAUGCUCUGUUGCAGGUUUUGCAACAAAGUUUUCCAAGGGACCCAGAUUCAGGCCACGAGGCACUUCUCGCAGACAAACUACUGCAAGGACGUCAGCGACGAGGCGUUGUACGAGAUCGCUCGACGGAGUCAACAGAAGUUUGAGGCCGAUCAGAUGGAGAGGGUUGCCAGGAAUGCAGCGGAGCGCGGACUCGAUGUGCCCGGCACGGGUGGUGCAAGGGGAGGAGAGGCGGGGCGGCGUCCGGUGGAGGGAGGGGUUGGGGAGAUGGUGGGCAUGGUGCGCCAGAUCCCCCUUUGGGUGGUGGAGGCGGUGAGACGGAGGAGAGCUUCCCCGCGCGCUGUGCUCCCCAACCACUGCGAGAUUGCGAGUAUGCGGGCGGUGGAGACCCACCGUGCGGAGCUGGCGGAGGAGUUGGAGGAGGUGAGGCAGCCAUUCUGGGUGACUGGUGCCACCCUCCUGUCCGAUGGGAGGAAAUCACGAGACGGGAGACCGAUCGUGAAUUUCCUUGCCGCUGGCUCGCGAGGGGUCGGCGUGUACACGACGAUCAAUCGAGAGGGCGAGGCGGACAUUCCAGUGCACGUCCUUCGAAGAUGGGUUACCAACUUCCACGAGUUCAGCUUCGGCGGGCCACAACGGAUCAAUGCGAUAUGCACUGACUCCGCUUCUGCCUAUGUGGGGGCUGCAAGGGCAUUGGCCUCGCCGUCCAUGCCUCCUGCACUGAGGAGGAUCAUUUGGCUCCCGGGGAUGACGGAGGAGGAGAUUGCCCGUCAGGUUGCACUUAUUACCCGGGAUUCCAUCGGGGCGUCCGCACCACCCUCUGCUGAUGUCGUUUUUGAUAGACGUGCUUGCAUUUUUCGUCCCUACCCCAGGGAGGACGACUCAGACGAGGAGCCGGUACCCGAGGCGGCAGAUGACCCUGCGCUCCGCAUUCCCCGCGAGAUCGACGAGACGCACGAGGAUCCUUACUCCAAGGAAACAAGGGCACACCCUGCACGACGGGCGGCGGACCGGGCGGAGAGGGAGAUGCUGGGGGGAGAGGAGUUUUGGGGCCCAUUCAGGAAGGUUGCUUCCACGGGCGGCCCAAAGGCGCAGGCGACGAUCCCCACUCCGACGAGGCGGGAGUCGUCCAUGCCGCCGCCUCCUGCUCCGAGUCCUGCAUCACCAUCGCCCGUCUCGCCACUUCAGCCGGCCACGGCAACGGCGGACAGGGAGGAGUUGGGGUCCUCUUUGCCUCAGCGUGGACUUCUCCACAGAGGCGGGGCAGUUCACCAGUUGAGGUUACGAUCACCUUCCCCGGGGAUAUUGCAGGAGGAGGGGGCACCAUCGGCAGCAGCAGUGGAGAGUUCGAUGGCACCAGCGGUGGUUUCGGACGCGAUGAUCGCAGCCGCGGUGGAGGAUAUAGCGGCAGCAGCAGCAGCAGCAGUGGCAGCAGCAGGAGGAGCAGGUGGAGCAGCAGCAGAAGUGGAGGUUGAGGUGGCAGCAACAGUGGAGGAGGAGGCACCGUCGACAACUGCAGUGGAGGGGGAGGUGUCAGGACCAGUGGAGGAGGAGAUAGCCGCACAGGUCGAGGUGCAGCGUGGGGGCGAUGACGAGCGUCUGAUGCAGCAGUUCCUCACGGAGGAGCUCGAUCCGGUCAUAGCGGAGGAGGCCAGGCGUCGAGAGAUAGAGGGGGAUUGCGUGCAGGGUGGGGUGGUGGCUGGGGAGGCCGUUACGGAGGUAGUGGCAGCAGAACCGGGACCCAAGGCUAUGCCGGGUGGAGCAGAGGCAGCGGACAUUGCUGUGGAGGGAUGGCCUCAGGCGGUGGAUGAGGUUGUGAAGGCAAGACAGCGGCGAGUCGAGGGGGCUAUAAACGAACGGCACGUGGUCUCGGAGACAGCGACGGGUCCAGUCGUUCCGUUCUCGAUCCUGCACUUGGCUCAGGGCCGACAGUCGCAGGCGGUUCAGAUAGCAGUGCAUGGUGUGUCACCGCCCGUUAUCACGGAUUUGGGGUCCGAGCCGGUGAUUGUGACCCCACGUCUUCCUAGCCACUUUGCUCCGCAGGAGGUCCGUCGUCCUUUGGAUGUAGAGGAGCUGGCGACAGAGGCUGUGCGCGAUGUUGCUCGAUUGGAUCGGUGGAUCUUCGACCGGAGGCUCGAGCAUCCAGCAUGGCAGACGAUCCAUUCGGUUCCAUGGGGUCCUGCGUCGCUCGUGUGGUUUGGGUCUACCUCCACCGGAGGAUAUACCAUGGGACAUGUUCCAAGGGUUUCAGGUGGCGUGACGGAGACAGCGCCACGCACAGGGGACAUGCCACCCCCUCCUCCCAGAGCACCUGUAGGCCUUCAGCCGGGCUUGGGACCCCGCGGCGGCAGGACGACCGCGGCGAAGGAGGUACCGGCAUCAGGUUGUGAGCCUCAGCGAGGUCGCGGCAGAGGAGUGUCCACCGAGACCUUGGAGUACGCUCUGCGAGCAGCGACGCGUGCCGUGCAGGAGCAGACUCCACGCAAGCGUGGAGCGCUUCCUCGUCCACACCUCGUGCCUGCAGAGGGAGGCGCUGCACUUGGAGAGAGUUCGGGGGAGGAGGGGUUCGAGAUGCCUCGUGGAUCCCGCCGUGAGCAGACCGUUGCAGAGGCUAGUGCGAGGGUUGUUGUGUUGAGGAAGGGAGGAGGCCCAGUCACCAUCGAGGAGGAUGAUCCUGAUACUGAUGCGGCUGUGCGGGAGGCGGACGAGGACUAUGAGGGCGAGGAGGGGAGAGAGGAGGAGAGAAGGAGCGGUUCCGAUGGUGACGACGACGACGACGACGACGAUGAUGAGCCCCCACCUCCCCCAGGACCCCCACCGACGCGUGCAUCUAGACGCUCCGCUGCGCGGACUUCUUCGUCCUCAUAAGGGAGAAAGAGGUCAACAUCCGACACUC